GAAAAAAAAAAACACAAGCUAAAGCUUUUGUUUUUGAUUAUUAUUUCACAAUCUUGUUGGAGAAUUGUCAUUGAGGGAAGCAAAUCCUCUAAUCUCGUUUCUCAAAUCUUUCUGGAAGCGAUAAAUCGUAGUAACUCACACCCCCUCCAUUGGUUUCCUUAGUUUUAUGGAUUUCUGUAGAGAUGGCAGAGACAGGAGCUGGCACAGAGGCAGCAUAGCUGCAGAAGGUGCAGGGGCAACACAGAGGUGCAGCCAUAAUAUGAGCAGGUUGAUGAGAGAGAGUGUUGUUUUAGGUGGCAGCAGCAUCACUCUCAUCAGAACCAUUAGUUUUAUCCAUGUACAGAAGAUUCUGCUGCCCAAUGGUCCCUGAAAUAUAAAAUAUACCCACCACUGAACCCAACACUACACUACAGUCACUACACAACAAUCCCUUCUCUCUUUCUUUUUCUGUUCUUUUCUUUCUGUUUUUUUUUCUUUCUUCUUUCUAAUCCUCCGAGUAUUUAUCUUUGUGAAGUCUGGAGCUGGGCUUGGGUUCGUUUCUCUUGAUACUAUCUUUUAUCAAUCAAUGAUGAGUGGAAGAAAUAGGUUUCCAUUCACUGCAACUCAGUGGCAAGAGCUUGAACACCAAGCUCUCAUCUUCAAGUACAUGGCUUCAGGGAUGCCCAUUCCUCCUGAUCUCAUCUUCUCCAUCAAAAGAAGCUUGGACUCUCCACUCCCUACUUCAAAGCUCUUCCCAACCCACCAAUCCCAACACAUUGGGUGGAACUGUUUUCAGAUGGGUUUGGGGAGGAAAGUAGACCCAGAGCCAGGGAGGUGCAGAAGAACAGAUGGGAAGAAAUGGAGGUGUGCAAAGGAAGCAUACCCAGAUUCGAAGUACUGUGAGAGACAUAUGCACAGAGGCAGAAACCGUUCAAGAAAGCCUGUGGAAGUUAUGACACCCUCAAAAACACCACCAACAGUAACUACUCCUACUGCUACAAUGGCAGCAAACCCACCACCACCCAUCUCUUCAAUCACUGUAAACUCCUCCAACCCCACUUCAUACUCUCUAGCUUUAGAGACCCAAAAUCACCACACCCAUCGUCACCCUUCUUGCUACAACACCCAUCUCCACCUCCCCUUCCUUUAUCCCCAUUCAUCUUCUUCAAGGCCACCUGGGUUUGGAGGUGGGGUUGAGUUGUCACCUCAACACAACACCACCCAUUUGCUUUUGGACUCUGGUUCAUAUUCCCAGACAGAUUACAGUAGAAACAGAUAUGUUCAUGGAUUGAAGGAGGAGGUGGAUGAGCAUGCUUUCUUCUCAGAACAACCUUCAGGGGCUACAAGGAGUUUUUCCGGCUCAUCAAUGGAUGAUCCUUGGCGGCUUACUCCACUAAAAAUGAAUUCUUCACCGUUAGACCAUUCAAAACAGAGGAGCUGCUCUGCUUUACAGAGUGACUACUCUUGUUUGCAGCUUCAAAGCCUCAGUGAUACCUCCAACCAGAAGCAGGAUCAGCAUUUCUAUGUACUGGGUAGUAAUCUCAAGUAUGAAAAACAUGAGAGAGAAGAACCCGAGAAGAUGGUGCACCGCUUCUUCGAUGAAUGGCCACCCAAGAGCAGAGAUCCAUGGCCUGAUUCAGAAGACAAGUCCCCCAGAGAUGCAUUGGUCUCAACCACCCAACUCUCAAUUUCUAUGCCAAACUCUUCAUUUGACUUCUCCAUCUCCAAUUCUAGACCCCAUAAUGAUGAUUGAAUUUGCAGUACUGUGUUCUGAACCAAAUGCCAAGAUGUUGAAAGCCUGGUGGGGUUCAAUGCAUUUUUUCUUGUAGCUUUCCGUAUGCUUGUUGGCAGAGGUGUGGGAAGUGAUGCUUUUAUUUAUUUCAUCUUUUGGAGGGUGUGGUGUGGGGUGUUUGAAUUGAAUGCUGUGUGUGAGUUAAUGAAAGGGAUCUCAGAUGUCUUUUGCUUUGUUGUUGGCUUCUAUUCCUUCUCUUCUUCUUUAACUUCUAUAACUUGUUUGAAUGACCUGGGCCAACAAUCCAUAGGAUUUCGUGAUCG